AAACAUAAACAAUAAUAUUCUUGAUCUCUACUUCUUCUUCUUCUUUUUCUCCCUUCACCAUUCUUGAAAACACACAAAACCUUAGCAAUCUUGUUCCUUUCUUUUGUGUUGAUCAACAACAAAAGCUGUGAAAAUGAAGGGAAUAGUUGAAGGAGUACAGAAAGUGAAGGUUCAUGGGUAUCAUUCUGUAGGGUUUAUGCUUGUAAUGGGAGUGAUAAUGGUGGUUGUUUACUUGUGUGGAGAUGAUAGUGGAAUAUUAAUUAGAUUUGGUUUCAAUGGAGAAACUGAAAUGGUGGAGGAUUAUUCGUUUGAAGGUUGUGACUUUUUCAAUGGGAGUUGGGUUUACGAUAACAAAUCAAGACCUUUGUAUAAGGAGAGACAGUGUCCUUUCAUGACUGAUGAUUAUUCUUGUGAAAAGUAUGGAAGAAAAGAUCUCAAGUAUCAGUUUUGGAGAUGGCAGCCUCAUGGUUGUGAUCUUCCAAGGUUCAAUGGAACAGCACUGUUGGAGAAGCUAAGAAACAAAAGGGUUGUUUUUGUUGGGGACUCAGUAGGCAAGAACCAUUGGGUUUCACUACUUUGUCUUAUUGACACCUGGAUCGUUGAACCAUCUCACAAGGUUGCAGAAUGGCAUGGCUCAUUGAUCACUUUUAGGGCAUCUGAAUACAAUGUUUCCAUUGAUUUUUACUGGGAACCAUUGUUGGUAGAAUCAAAUUGUGACGAUCCGGUUAACCACCGAGUACGUGAUCGGAUCAUGAAAAUUGAGAGUAUUGAAAAGCAUGCCAAUCAAUGGAUUAACGCGGACAUGUUAAUUUUUGACUCGUAUUCGUGGUGGCUAGAGCCUAAUAUGACACUUUUGUGGGGAUCGUUUGAAAACCCUAACAAGACUAUUGUUGAAUCUAGAAGGGUGACACGUUAUGAAAUGGCACUAAAAACAUGGUCAGAUUGGUUGGACACUCAUCUUGAUCGCAAGAAAACUAGAAUUUUUUUCACAAGUCUCUCCCCAGAUCACAAAGAGGGUGGAGAUUGGGGGAAAACAAUGGGAGAAAACUGCUAUAAUGAAACCGAGCCGAUAAUGGAAGAAGGGUAUUGGGGAAAGGGAUCAGAUACUGAUCUAAUGAGAACAGCACAAUCGGCAGUACAAGAUCUUGAAAAGAAAGGAUUAAACAUAACUCUUUUAAAUAUAACACAACUCUCACAAUACAGAAAAGACGGGCACCCUUCUAUUAACAAAAGGCAUUGGGUUACUCCAACAAAGCUAGAAUUAGCUAACCCUGUUUUAUAUGCGGAUUGUCUGCAUUGGUGUCUUCCGGGAGUCCCUGAUGUCUGGAACGAGAUCCUAUAUGCUUACAUACGUUAUAAAAUAUAACUAAUUUUAUAUAUGUGGGUUGACAAGAGAAAUUAAAUUUAGGUAGGUGGCAUGAACAAUAUAUAUAUUCAAAUUGUUAUUAUUACUAGAGGUUUAAAGCAAGUCUUGUUUGGUGGUUUUGCUACACCAACCCUUUUGUUGUUUACUUCGUCGAAUAUUAUAAAGUCAAAAGCAUGUAUUAUUUA